AUGUCCACCCCUGUCGAGGAGCCACGUCCGUCGCUGCGCCGCGCUAGCACGGUGCACACCAAUGAAUUCGAUGAUUCGUUUCUGGGACGGGUACGAUCGUUCUUUCGCCGGGACCCCCAUGUCGGGGUAGUUAGCCACAACGAUCUGCGUGACAGGGAGGACCUUGAGAUCCAUACCUGGAAUGGCAAGGAUGAUCCGGACAAUCCGUUCAAUUGGAGCACUUCCUACAAAUGGCUUCUCACGGUUACUGUUUGUUUCAUCUCCAUCCUCACUGGUAUCCCGGCCGGUUCCUACGGCUCCGGCAACAACUGGAUGGAAGAACGAUUCCAUGUCCAAAACACGCCAUUUCCAAACCUUUACUGGGCCACGACAUCUUGGAACAUGGGAGCAGCCUUCUGGCCUCUCAUAUUCGUGCCCCUGACUGAAUCCUCCGGUCGCAUGCCCGGCUAUUUUGUCGCCUACAUCAUCCUCAUCAUCUCGCUGUUCCCCUCCGCCUUCGCCCAAAACUACGCUACUCUCGUAGUAACGCGGUUCUUCGGCGGUGGUGCUUCCUCCGUAUCCAUCAACAUCGUCGGCGGUAGCAUCAGCGAUGUCUGGUACGGAGACAAGGCGCGGAGUCUCCCCAUGUCCCUCUUCGGAUUUACCAGUGUGGUUGGAAUUGCCCUGGGGCCAUUCAUCGGAUCCGCCAUCGUAGCCAUCCACAAAACUGCCCCGUGGCGCUGGAUCUUCUACAUUCAAAUCAUUUACCUGACGGGCCUCCUUCCUAUCUUCUGGUUCAUUCUGUACGAAACCCGCGCAGACGUGAUCCUUACCCGUCGGGCCAAGAAGCUCCGCAAAGAAAAGCAGCGCCCCAUCUAUGCUGAAGCCGAGCUAGACAACACCAGCGUAUGGCGUCUGAUGCAGAUCUCCUUCGAACGGCCUACACGCAUGCUUCUCACCGAGCCUGUUGUUGCCUUCUUCACUCUCUGGAUCUCCUUCGCCUGGGGCAUCCUGUAUCUCUUCUUCAGCAGCGUCGUCCAGACCUUCUCCGCCAACUACGGCAUGAAUACUUUGCAAACUGGGACCAUUCAGCUGGCCAUCUCCGUGGGUGCGCUGAUUGGCACUCUCGUCAAUCCUCUACAGGACAUGCUGUAUCUGAAGUCGGCGAAACGCAACACAGAGAAGCCGGGAAAACCUAUUCCGGAGGCUCGGUUGUAUACUAGUAUCAUUGGCAGCUUGAUGUUUGCAGGCGGGCUGUUCUGGUAUGGCUGGUCCAGUACUCCUUCUGUGCCUUGGAUCGUACCAACACUCGGCAUCGGGUGCACCGGUAUUGGCAUCUACAGUAUUUACAUGGCAGUGGUCAAUUACUUGACUGAUGCGUACGAGAAGUACGCUGCAUCAGCUCUGUCCGCGGCAUCUCUGGGACGGAACUCCUUCGGCGCGUUCCUGCCGCUGGCGAGUUACCAGCUGUUCCAGAACCUGGGGUACGGCUGGGCUGGGUCAUUGCUAGGGUUCAUCGGGCUAGCACUGUCAGUAGUGCCAGUAGUGCUAGUAUGGAAGGGACCCGAGAUCCGCCGACGCAGUCCAUUCAUGCGCGAAGCGACCUGGGGAGCCGACGAGGAAGAUGUCAUAGAAAAAGAGGGCGACGGAGAAGCGACAGUGUAUCGCGACACGCACACAGGGUAUCCCCAACACGAUCGAGAGGAAGACAACCGCGUGUGAUGAAGUGAUACCACCACCUAUAAUAAAAGCAUAAGAGCAUUGAUUGCCAACUUAGCCACCUCAUUGUAUACAACAAGAAUAC